AUGCUUCUUCGCAUUUUUCUCUUCAAGUCACUCCGUUUGCCUUUCUCUGAGUCUUUUUCAAUUUCUCUUAUUUUUUUCUCUUUCAAUUUUCCUUCGUUUAUUCUUUUAUUAUUUUUGUUUUUUCCUUUUUCACAUUUUUUUUCUCUUUUUCUUUUCUUCUAUUUUUCUCUUUUUUCUCUCUUUUCCUCCAUUUUUCUCUCUAUUCCUUUUCUCUUGAUGAAUUUCCCGUUUAUUGAUCUAUUAAAAUAUAUCUAUCGUUUUCUUCUUUCAAACCAAUCUUCGCCUGCCGUCAUCACUUCUUCACCUCCGCCUCCUCCUCCUCACCCUCCUCCUCCUCUUUCUUCUUCUUCUUCUAAUAAAUGUAUUUACGUAUCUCACUUUUGUCCUUUCUUUCUUUCUUUCUUUCUUUCUUUCUUUCUUUCUUUCUUUGUUCAGGUACUAGGUCGUUUGGCCUAA